AUGGAAAGUGGAGAGCUGCUGUUGAACAUUUUUUUGGAUUUGGGAGAUAAUGAGCUCAAACACUUCCACUGGCACCUGCAGCAGGCUGACAACCAGGAAAGCCUUUUCAUCCCAAAAUGUCAACUGGAGAAGGCAGAUAGGCUGGACACAGUAAAUCUAAUGAUGCAAACCUUCAGCACAUCUACUCGGGAGGUGACCGUAAAGAUUCUGAGGAAGAUCAAAAGGAAUGAUCUGGUACUACGGUUAUCAAACAACAGUUCGGGACCUAAAGAGACUUUUGACGCAUGCCAACGGAAACUCAAACACAGUCUGAGAAAGAUGUUUCAGCAAAUCAUCACAACAGGAAAGUCAAUACUUCUGAAUGAGAUCUACACAGAGCUUUACAUUACAGAGGAAGAGAGUGGACAAGUUAACAUGGAACAUGAGAUCAGACAGAUUGAAACAGCAUCCAGGAAACUAGACAGACCAGAAACAAUAAUCAGACAAGCAGACAUCUUUAAAGCCUCAUUUGGAAGAGAUGAACCAAUCAGAACAGUGAUGACAAAGGGAGUGGCUGGCAUUGGGAAAACAGUCUUAACACAGAAGUUCACUCUGGACUGGGCUGAAGACAAAGCCAACCAGGAUAUACAGUUCACAUUUCCAUUCACUUUCAGAGAGCUGAAUGUUCUGAAAGAGAAAAAGUACAGCUUGGUGGAACUUGUUCAUCACUUCUUUACUGAAACCAAAGAAGCAGGAAUCUGCAGGUUUGAAGAGUUCCAGGUUGUGUUUAUCUUUGACGGUCUGGAUGAGUGUCGACUUCCUCUGGACUUCCACAACAAUGACACUGUGACCGAUGUUACAGAGUCCACCUCAGUGGAUGUGCUGCUGACAAACAUCAUCAGGGGGAAACUGCUUCCCUCUGCUCGCCUCUGGAUCACCACACGACCUGCAGCUGCCAAUCAGAUCCCUCGAAAGUUUGUUGACAUGGUGACAGAGGUCAGAGGGUUCACUGACUCACAGAAGGAGGAGUACUUCAGGAAGAGAUUCUCAGAUAAGUCUCUGGCCUGCAGAAUCAUCUCCCACAUCAAGACAUCACAAAGCCUCCACAUCAUGUGCCACAUCCCAGUCUUCUGCUGGAUCACUGCUACAGUUUUGGAGAAACUGCUGAAAAUGGAAGAGGGAGGAGAGCUGCCCAACACACUGACAGAGAUGUACAUCCAUUUCCUGGUGGUUCAGUCCAAACUGAAGAAUAUUAAGUAUGAUGGAGGAGCUGAGACAGACCCACACUGGAGUCCAGAGAGCAGAGAGAUGAUUGAGUCUCUGGGAAAACUGGCUUUUGAGCAGCUGCAGAAAGGCAACCUGAUCUUCUAUGAAUCAGACCUGACAGAGUGUGGCAUCGACAUCAGAGCAGCCUCAGUGUACUCAGGAGUGUUCACACAGAUCUUUAAAGAGGAGACUGACCUUUACAAGGAAAGGGUGCUCUGCUUUGUCCAUCUGAGCAUUCAGGAGUUCAUGGCUGCUCUUUAUGUCCACCUGACAUUUAUCAACACAGGCGUCAAUCUGCUAGCUUCUCGGUGGUCCACGUUAUUUAGAGGAAAAACUGCAGAAAAACAUCUCUAUCAAACUGCUGUGGACAAGGCCUUACAAAGUCGAAGUGGACACCUGGACUUGUUCCUUCGCUUCCUCUUGGGCCUCUCACUAGAGACCAAUCAGAAUCUCCUACAAGGCUUGCUGACACAGACAGGAAGAAGGUCACAGAUCAACCAGGAAACAGCCCAGUACAUCAAGAAGAAAAUCAGGGAGAAUCCCUCUCCAGAGAGAAGCAUCAAUCUGUUCCACUGUCUGAAUGAGCUGAAGGACCAUUCACUAGUGGAGGAGAUACAACAAUACCUGAGUUCAGGAAGUAUCUCCACAAUCAAACUGUCUCCUUCUCAGUGGUCAGCGUUGGUCUUUAUCUUACUGUUAUCACAAAAAGAGCUGGACAUGUUUGUCCUGCAUAAAUUCAGUGCUUCAGAUGAGGGUCUUUUGAGGUUGUUGCCAGUGGUGAAGGCUUCCACUAACUCAAGGAUGAUUAGCUGUAACCUCUCAGAGAGAAGCUGUGAAGCUCUGUCCACCGUCCUCAGCUCCCAGUCCUCUAGUCUGAGAGAGCUGGACUUGAGUAACAACAACCUGCAGGACCCAGGAGUAAAACUUCUAUCUGCUGGACUGAAGAGUCCACACUGCACACUGGAAACUCUCAGGCUAUGUUUAUGUAAGCUGUCAAGAAGAAGUUGUGAAGCACUGGCCACAGUCCUCUGCUCAGAGUCCUCUAGUCUGAAAAAUCUGGACCUGAGCAACAACGAUCUGCAGGAUUCAGGAGUGAAGCUGCUCUCUGUUGCGAUGGACACUCCACAUUGUACACUGAAAACUCUCAGGUUGAAUCUGUGUAAACUGUCACAGCGAAGUUGUGAAGCUCUGGCCUCAGUUCUAAGCUCUCAGUCCUCCACUCUGAAAGAGCUAGACUUGAGCAACAAUGACCUGGAGGAUACAGGUGUGAAGAUGCUCUCUGCUGGACUGAAGAGUCCACACUGUACUCUGGAAACUUUCAGGCUGUCAGGCUGUUUCAUCACAGAGGAAGGCUGUUCUUCUCUGGCCACAGCUCUGAAGUCCAACGCCUCCCAUCUGAAAGAGCUGGAUCUGAGCUACAAUCAUCCAGGAUACUCAGGAGUAAUGAUGCUCUUUGCUACACUGGAGGAUCCACAGUGGACACUGGCCACUCUCAAUGUGGAUCACUCUGGAAUGCAGAGGUUGAAACCUGGACUGCGAAAAUAUGCCUGUGAUUUCACACUGGACCCAAACACAGCCAACGGUGACCUCCUGCUAUCUGACAACAACAGGAAGGUGGAAUGGUGCAGAGAGCAACUGUAUCCUGAUCACCCAGAGAGAUUUGACAGCUGGGAGCAGGUUGUGUGUAGACAGGAUGUGACUGCUCGCUGCUACUGGGAGGUGGAGUUGGAAGGAGGAGUUGAAAUUGCAGUGACUUAUAGAGAAAUCAAAAGGAGAGGACGAGUUUCUGACAGCAGGCUGGGAAGGAAUGAUCAGUCUUGGAGUCUGCAGUGCUCUGAUAAUGGUUACUUGGCCUGGCACAAUGACAAGAGGACAGUCAUUCGCACUGCACACUCCUCUGGCUCCAACAGAAUAGCUGUGUAUGUGGACUGGCCCGCUGGCACUCUGUCCUUCUAUAGAGUCUCUGAUACAUCAGUCCACCUCCACACCUUCUACACCUCAUUCUCUAAACCUCUCCACCCCGCUUUUAAGAUUGAUGCUGAUACAUUUGGGUUUGGAGUGUUUGGUUCCUCAGUGUUCCUGUGUAGGCUGUAGGAGGGAGGGUUACCACUGCUGACAAUGGUGACAUGACAGUUCACACUGUACACACACACACACACACACACACACACACACAGAUUGACCAACACACUCAUAGCAGCAGCAAACUUUCUGUUGCUCACGUCUCUGGACUCGGAGCUGCUCCGCUCCUGACAUACGUUGCUGCCCCAUAAGUAUGAGCUAACAUAAGCAGUGGCUAACAUCCAACACCGAAUUGUUUAACAGUUCCAACAAACUUGCACCAACACCAGAAUGGCACAACACUGUUGUUAAACUCCAUCCAUCCAUCCAUCUUCUAACCGCUUCAUCCUCUUGAGGGUCGCGGGGGGGCUGGAGCCUAUCCCAGCUGACAUCGGGCGAGAGGCAGGGUACACCCUGGACAGGUCGCCAGACUAUCGCAGGGCUGACACAUAGAGACAAACAACCAUUCACACUCACAUUCACACCUACAGACAAUUUAGAGUUAUCACUUAACUUAGUCCCCAAUCUGCAUGUCUUUGGACUGUGGGAGGAAGCCGGAGUGCCCAGAGAGAACCCACACUGACACGGGGAGAACAUGCAAACUCCGCACAGAAGGGCUCCCACACCCAGAAUCGAACCAGGAACUAGGAACCCUCCUGCUGUGAGGCGACAGUGCUAACCACCACACCACCGUGCCGCCCCUCGUUGUUAAACUCGUUAAUCAUUAAUAAUAAUAAUACUUGUUAGGUAAUGUUAACUGUGUUAUGCUAACAGUUAGCCUUGUCACUGUGUGUGUAGCCAGUGCACUCUAGGAACUGUCUCCGGCACGGAGCUUAAAUGCCUACAGCAGUAGCUACAACCCAUAAAGUCUGUGGUGUGGUGAAGUAAAGAGUGGUGUAUUGACAGAGUUGGCAGUCAGCAUGUCGAGAUGCCACCAAAAUGUCCAUAAGCCCAUAAAUUCAGUGAUGAUAUAGCUCUAAAGAAUUUCUGAUCUGCCAAUGUCCGCACACUCGAUGGGUCCAACAUCUGUGAUAUUUUGUGCCAUGUUGACUCCGACUCUCUUUGUCUGCCACACAGACAGAUUAAGGGACCUAUACAUUUCUUCAGAUGCCAACAGUGUUCAUUAUACCUACUAAGUAUGGAAGUCAGUGCUUUUGGGGGUGAACAUCAUGCCAACAUCAUGUGGUCUACACCAGGGGUUCUUCCAAACAUUCCAACAUUCCAAAUGUUUUGUUCCAUUUUCCAAACAAAUUAGCAAAAAAUAUAUAAAAUGACAAAAAUAUGAGAAAUAAAACUGGGCUGUAAAUAUGUGUCAUGCCACUGCCAGCUAUAUUGACCAAGAUAUAUAUUCUGCUUACCUUCAGUGAAAGAGACACUCAAGACUUGUCCAGCUGUAUGGCAAAGUAUAGGCUUGCCUUUAUUCUUUGCACAAGUUGGCAUUUUCUGUCAUCAUCCAUGUCAACAAUAAUGCUGCUCAUGGUAUAUUUGGAGAGUUGUACUGGCUGAAUUUUGGUUGCCGCUGCCUCCUCUAGUAACUCCACAUACCCACAACACUAGGCAAGAUAAGCUCCUCUGCAACCGUAUAAAGUUUCUUGCUUCAAGCCAAAAGAACAUCAACCAUAUAGCUAGCUUUCAAAUUGUUUUUAGACUGAGUUAUUAAUUUUGUAAAGACUAUCAAUUGUGCCUGAAGCCCAUCUUGAUUCCUUAGGGAACAUUGUUUUGGCUUCCCAACACAUCUUGGGUGCUGUUUGUUUAAAGAGGACCUAUUCUGCUCGUUUUCAGGUUCGUACUUUUAUUUGAGGUUUCAACUAGAACAUGUUUACAUGUUUUAAUGGUCAAACAAUACAAAAAAUUUGUUUUGCUCAAAUUGUCUGAGCUGGAACACCUGUAUCCACUCUCUGUCUGAGCCACUGAGUGCCGCUCCUGUCUCAGCAUCACUGACUGCUAAUAUGAACUCAAAUUUAAUGUAUUCAGGGUAGGGGUAUAUAACAGUUUACAUUUACAAAAUCCAUGGUUCAAUAUGGCACGGUGGUAUAUGUUUUUGAUACAGCCAUAAAGUAUAAAUGCCAAAGUGUAUUCCUGGAUUUUUAGCACUUUUAAUAAUGGUUUAUUUUCUACACCGUAAGCAAAGUUAGUCAACAACUCAGAGCCAAUUUUAUAAAGUCCAAUUAAUUGCAAGGGCCAUAAAGGCCAACACACAGCCAGGGUGCUGUUGACUCUCCAGAAAAACAGCAGUUUUAUUUUCUGUGCACACUCACAUUCCAGCUACUGUACCUCGACUUCCUCUGUCUGCAUGAUGGGUUCAGUAUGCGCUGUGGGCACCAAAUGAUGUGAUGUUCUGUGUUAUGUGUGGUUUGUGUUGGUGCAUCGCACAGAGAUGUCAAACACAUUGCAGCUCAAUUUACCAUCAGUGUCCUGAGAGACAAAUUAAUGUUGAUAGACUGCUACUUCAACAAGAGUGCAAAUGUCAACUGACAAUGUUUUUGAAGUACUGACCAACCACUGGGGCAUAAAGGGCAAGUGGUUUAUUAAAACUAGAUUUUAUUGACAUGGCUCUGACCAUUGGCUCUAUCAGUUAUGAUAAUGUUGCUCUCACCAAUAUAAUGGCUCAAAAACUGGAAAUAUAUGACAGCAGUGAAAAGAAAUAUGCAAGGUCAAGAAACACAUAUCUAAUGAUCAGACAGGGUAAAAACAAAUUUACAGUUUGUCCAGAUUAUUUAAGUCACUUUAUUUAAUGGUCACCGUUAAAGUGAGCGCAUCUGCAAUGUUGCUAAUCAUCUCUCAGUGUAAAACUGUGCACACAGCCACAGUGAGUAAGCAGGUCAAAGUUGAAGCAGGAUCUUGGUCUGGAAAGUGCAAGGGAUUAUUUACAAUGGACAGUUUGUGUAAUAAAUUUUAUCUUUACGUAAUAACUGGGUGGUCAUCUGACUGCUCAUGCUGCUUGUGCGUAGUGAUAUCACCAUGUUCACAUAUCUCAGCAGCUGUACUGUUAAGUACAAUGUUAUUAUAACAGAUAAAAACUAAGGCCAGAGCUACAAAAAUUUAAUUUGUAAUAACGGUAUUAUUCCUUUAAUGACAUUCUUAACAUGUUCUGUAAAGUCUAUGGCUAUGGACUCAGUCUUUCACUUAUGUAGCAUUUUUACCAUGUUAGUAUCCUCCAAUCUUUUUUUAAUUUUCAUUAAAUUACAUUUAUUCAGUAAUCUUUUUUCCUAUCACAUGUUACAUGAAGGACACAUGACACAGGAUUUAACUGGUUAUAUAAAGUGUCUUUGACUUUCUUUAAAAGUGCUCUGUUAAUACAAUGUAUCAUUAUUACUUAUCAUUACCAUGGGCAACAUCUAACCCAAAUAAUCUGUGAAUGGUUCUGUCUUGAUCUUUAGUCUGACUCCAGUUUUAUAAUGUUGGGAUU